AUGUCAGAAGCAAAAAUAAGUGAGCUGAAAAACGAUAUUGAUGAAUUAAAUGAAAUAUUGAAGUUAGCUAAACGUAAGAGAGUUCAAGACCUUUUAACUGUGGAAGUGAGAAAACUAGAAACUGAAUGGAUCAAAUUAAGGGAUAGUGCUACAUCCUCUGUCACCCCUAUGGAAGUUACUCCUGUACCAACUACAUCUGCUACAGUUCAUGAAAAGCGAUAUCAAGUAAAGCUUAAUGGUUAUGGUUGGGAUCAAUCAGACAAAUACAUAAAAGUGUUUGUUACCCUAAAAAAUGUACACAACUUACCAAAAGAACAUCUAUCGAUUGGCACUUCGAGCUUUUCUGUUUUAUCAGCAUUUUUAUAUAGUUUAUUUACUAAUAAUUUAUAA